AUUUUCACAGGCAAUAUGGCGACUUCGGAGCCGGUAAGAGGGAGCGGAUUUCUUUCAUUUAGGGCUUCCCGGCGACCAGAAAUGCGAGGAACUGAAAAUGAAGAAGGAUGUGCUGAUAGUCCUGCGACUGCUGCUGUGAUGAGUCCUGAACAGUACAUCAAACACCCUUUGCAAAACAGAUGGGCUCUGUGGUAUUUCAAAAAUGACAAGAGCAAAAGUUGGACAGAAAAUCUGCGUCUUAUCUCCAAGUUUGACACGGUAGAAGAUUUCUGGGCAUUAUACAAUCACAUACAGCAGCCCAGUAAACUUGGAUUUGGAUGUGACUACUCUUUAUUUAAGGAUGGUAUUAAACCCAUGUGGGAAGAUGACAGGAAUAAACUCGGAGGAAGAUGGUUAAUGACCCUCAACAAACAGCAACGACACAAUGACCUUGACCGCUUCUGGAUGGAGACCCUGUUGUGUUUAAUCGGAGAAAUCUUUGAUGAGGCCAGUGAAGACGUGUGUGGAGCUGUGGUCAAUGUCAGGCCAAAGGGGGAUAAAAUAUCCAUCUGGACGGGCAACUGCCAGAACAGAGACGCCAUCAUGACGAUAGGGCAACAAUACAAAGAGCGUUUGAGUCUCCCAAUCAAAAUGCUCAUCGGAUACCAGUCACAUGACGACACCUCUAGCAAAAGUGGCUCUACAACAAAGAACAUGUACUCCGUUUGAAGAAAACUCAUUUCAACUCAUUGUAGGUUUAUAAAAUUCCAAAUUUACAUCACAUUAAUACUUUUGAGUUGUCAACAACUGUAGUGUCCUUCCUUUUUAAGAAAAUGUAAAAAAAAAAAAAAAAAAAAAAAAAAAGUCAAAUAU